AUGGAUCCCAUCCUUGAUGGUCUGAAUCACGCUCAACGUGAAGCGGUUACCUCCUCCGCCCCGAUCCUCCAGGUACUUGCGCCUCCGGGUUCGGGCAAAACUAAAACGCUCACUGCACGCGUCGCGUACUUGCUUUCUCACCAUGGCUAUCAACCGCAAGAUGUCAUAUGCUGCACUUUCACUAUCAAAGCUAGUCGGGAGAUGCGUGAGCGUUUGGGAAAGCUUAUUGGGGAGAAAUUGCAGUCUCGGUUGAUUCUAGGUACCUUCCAUUCAAUUUGUCGGCGGUAUCUGGUCAAGUAUGGAUAUUUGAUUGGGCUGCGCAAAGGAUUUGGGAUUGCGGAUUCGGAUGAUACUCGGGCUAUUAUUCGGAGAAUCAUCAAGCGUCUGAAUUCCAGCAUGGAUAUCAGAGCGGCUCAAGGGCGGAUCUCCAAACACAAGGCUCAUGGCCUCUCUCCGAGCGCAUUGGCUGAGCGUGCCAAAGCAGAGGAGCUGGAACUCGUUGACAUUUAUCGCGCCUACGAUGAGGCGCUUGCGGCCGCGAAUCUGCUUGACUAUGACGACCUGCUUCUGCGCUGUGGCGAUCUUCUCAGAGAGCAUCCAGAGUGUGUUUCGAAUGUGCAAACAGUGCUUGUGGAUGAGUUUCAAGACACCAACAUCAUCCAAUAUGAUCUGAUGAAUCUGUUUGCCUCUAAGAAUCGGCGCAUCACCAUCGUCGGUGACCCCGAUCAAAGUAUCUAUGGGUUUCGGUCAGCAGAAAUCCAGAACUUGAGGCGGAUGCAAAAACGGUACUCCAACACCUCGGUCGUUCUGCUAGAAUCAAACUAUCGUUCCUCGGGGUCAAUCUUGAAUUCUGCGCAAGAUGUGAUCGAACAAGACAUUACGCGACCGGCGAAGAAACUCGAGGCUACUCAUACCUUUGGAACCCUUCCUGUGCUGAGGAAACUGCCCAAUCCUAAUGCAGAAGCUCUUUGGAUGGUGCUUGAGAUCAAACGAAGCGUGGCGAUGACGGGUGGUUUGUUGCGCAUGUCUGAUUUUGCGAUUCUCCUUCGGUCUGCUUCGCUGUCAACCCGUAUCGAGACAGCGUUCGGCCGAGCAGGAAUUCCCUACAAGAUGGUAGGAGGACGCAAGUUCUUCGAUCGAACGGAGGUGAAGACUCUCCUCAACUAUCUUCGGGUUGUGAGCCAUACAGACCAUUCGGAUGCCCUGCUGAGUAUCAUUAACGUUCCCCCACGGCGAAUCGGUGACGAGACUAUCAAGCAGUUGACCAGUGGUGCAGAAAAGGCUCAAGUUACUCUAUGGGCCUUCAUCAAAGACGUGAUCCAAGGUCGUCGAUCAACUGAGAAAAAAUUACAAAAAGCCGCAGAACUAGGACUUUGCUCUUUAGUCAAGUUGAUCGAGGCAUCCAAGCAAAAAUUGCAGGAUUGUCAAGAUGCAACCGCCCCUUGUGUACUUCUGGAGUACAUCACCGACAGCCUCUCAUUCCAAGAGUAUCUGCUCAAGACCUACCCGCUGGACGAAGACGGUCGCUGGGCGAAUGUCAAAGAGCUGAUGGGCCAAGCUAACGAUGCUGCAGCCUCCGAGAAUGAGGCAAAUCUCGAGGAAGACCUACCCGAAAUCGAAGGCGUUGAGCAGCAACAAUCCAAUCCGGGGGAAGAGGCCCUGUCACGGUUUUUGGCCAAUGUCGCCUUGGCCACGGAGGCGCAAACACAGGAUGAGGGUGAGGAAGGCUCGGGGUAUGUCACGAUAUCGACGAUUCAUGCCGCCAAGGGCUUAGAAUGGCCUGUUGUUUUCAUUCCUGCCGUUUAUAACGGCAGUAUUCCACACUCGCGAGCUGAAGUGGUCGAUGAAGAAAGACGUUUGUUAUACGUUGCAAUGACUCGAGCACAAGCGCUUCUAUACUUGAGUCUCCCGUUGAAACAACCUCGAAUGGGCGAAGGGGAAGAUGGAUCUACGACUUUGACGCCAUUCCUACCGCCCAAUCUGGUCAAGACACGCUUUCGACUGAAAGGCCCUCAAUUCCAUGAGAAGGUUGUAUAUGGAAUGUCUGAUAUUCUGCACCGGCCACGACCGUCGCCCGAGGACAUGUGUAAGGAUCUCGCGUCUCUGCCUUCUUUAUUGGAUGACAAGUGGACUAGCGAAGGCGAGGAAGUGCGCGACGAGAACAUCGAGUGGAAUGGCAAGCAAGGCCCAAAUGACCCAAUACAAGAGCCAUAUCCAAAACGAAGGCGACCCAACAGCAAUGGGCCGACGACGGCGGGCAAUCAUACCAUGGGCAAUUCAUCCAACUUUCUGGUUGCUACAACAAUGUCUUCAGGGGGUUUUACGUCGGCUCGAAACUACAUUGCCGUGAACCCGGCUGCCAACCAGGAUAUAACGACGUCGUCCACGACAUCCUCGAUUACGACUGGAGCCGGCCCAACAGGCAAAGCAAAGACGCCUGGUGACGUCAACCGUAAAGACGGCCUCACCCAAGCCAGCAUCUCAAACUUCUUUGGCGGGCCAGGGUCCUCUGCCCAAAAGUCAGAGCCUGUCCCAGCCACCCGUCCGCCAGCUCAGUCGGCCACGAGAAACCAGCUGACUCCCCAGAACAACUCUCGGUCAGGUGUCAACUUUGUGCCACCCUCGCUCUCUUCCCACCGUCUCCAGCCACGGCCACUUCAUCCCUCUCGGCCGGUUCUUGAACCUACCGAGCCCAGCAAUUACACGUGGAUGGCGGCUCCGUCCCGACCUGACGCCAUGAAACCUGCCCGAACGCUGACAUCACAACCAGCGCAAGGGAAUGUCAAUAGCACAGCAGGUGCGGAGACCGGAACCGGGACAAGCGAAGUGAAACAGGAGAGGUCCACCAGCGGUGUCCGAUCCGUGACGUUUUACACCACUACGAUGGAUAAGGUCCGCCAACAAGCCCCGCCGGCGACAGGGCGCCGGACGCUAGGUAUUCGACGUAGUAUGAAUGGAUGGGAGGAACGGAUGAAGCGGGAGAGAAGCGGCGGUAGUGGCGAUCAGAUGCGCUGA